AUGAACGUUAUCCAAGAGAAUAAGCUAGAAAUCAGCUAUAAACUUGAAAAAGAGUUGUCCAACUUGAGUCUGCUCAAGGAGAGAAUUUCAAAAAGUGCACAAAUUGCAAAGGGCGUUGAUGGCAUACUUAACACCUUCGAAGAUCGUCUGUCACGACUCGAAGAUACAAUCCUCCCAGUCUACAAUGAGACUGAAAACCUGCAAAAGUCGCAACACAAUAUUGAUAGAACUAUACAACUUCUUGAUAGUGUUAUAAGUUAUUAUGAAGUGUCAGCCAAAGUAGAUGAUGUCAUUGAGAAGGGACCUGGAGUAGUCACUGAUGCUGGUGUCAGUUUGAAUAUCUACCUCCAGUGCAUGAAUAAACUGGCAAGGGCUCAGAAAUACUUUGAGAAACAUAUCCCUCAGAGUGUAGAAUUGGAAAAUGUGAGCACCUUGUUCAAUAAAGGUAGUGACAAGCUAAACUUUGAAUUUAAAGCCACCUUGGCCAAACACAGCAAGCCAGUGCUGCCUGGUGUGCUUAUGAUGAUGAUCAACUCAGAUGAGGAGAAUUCCAAUGAGUAUUUGAUGCCUACGCCGAAUUUCCCCGAUCAAUUUCAUGCAGAUCUGGUUUGUAUGGCUGAAUGGUUGCUGGAUAAUGGAAAAGAUGAGUUCCUGACUGUGUACGGGAUCGGCCGGGGUGCAAUCCUCCAGAAGUCGAUGACGAUGUUAAAGAAUCAUCAGAGAUCAGUCAGUGGUGGGAGUAUGCAUGGUGGAUCGCCCAUGUUUCGAAAUAAGUUCCAAAACCGACAUGAAACAUCCGUGCGUAGACCAUCCACACGCCGCAUGCAGAAUGUCUUCGAAAAGAAAGCAAAUAAAAUCUUCCAGAGGGCAUCCGCUACUCUGGAGCAGUCCACUGGGUUAACAUUAAAUGUUCGACGUAUGUCUACACAUUUAGAGGCGUCUAACGCCAAUGAUGAGAUUGAUAACGAGCAGGAAAUGGAGAAUUAUCUUAUGUCUGUGGUCGCGUUGCACAAAUUAAUGCAAAUUGAACUUAGUAUGAUGAAAGACAUCAUCGCAGUCAACCAUCAGCCAAGUGUUUUCGAGUUGAUUGUACGCGAUGCAAUGGAUACUAUCGUACAAGAUGGCGAGAAUAUUGCAGCGCGUGCGAAACGUUGCAUAAAUCGGCAUGACUUCGCCGCCGUGCUUGUUAUCUUCCCGAUUCUUAAACAACUCUUGGUGCUCAAGCCGGACUUCGAGAAGACUGUCGAGGAGUGUAAUUCCAAUGUGAAGGCGAAAUUCGAGUCCAUUUUGAAUACCCUACACACCACUGGUUUGAAAGCUCUUGAGGAUUUUAUUGAAUCAUUGAGGUCCGAUUCAGUUUCGCAACUUCCCCGAGACGGCACAGUCCAUGAACUUACAUCAAAUGUGCUCAUGUUUCUUGAACAAUUAUUGGACUACACCGAUACUAUCUCCCGGGUGUUGUCGCAGGACAGCAGUUAUAAGAGUCAAGUCGAGAAGUUGAAGUGCAGUGACAGGAACAAAGCUUUCAUUGGCCUAUACAUAAAGAAAGUUCUGGUGCAAUUAAAUCACACCCUGUUGAGCAAAAGCGAACAAUACGGCGAUCCAGCGUUGAAGGCGAUCUUUCGCUUAAAUAACAACAAUUACGUGCUGAAAUCGCUCCAGAGGAGUAAACUAAUGGAGUUGUAUCUUAUUUCUGAGCCGAAAUGCGAAGAAUAUUACUAUAAUUCCAUACAAGAUCAUAAAAAGACUUAUUUACAAAGCUGGAGUAAACUGUUGAAUUAUAUUUCAAUCGACGAUGCACAGCUGUAUCAACAUGAUAAAUUGAAGGACAAGGAGCGUACAGCACUAAAAGAGAAGUUUGCGGGUUUUAACAAAGAAGUUGAGGAAAUUGGUAAGGUGCAACGUGGAUAUUCAAUUCCCGAUGUUCAUCUGCGUGAAAGUUUGAAGCGCGACAAUAAAGAAUACAUUAUACCAAAGUAUAAUGCUUUCUUCAACACUUUUGCGCGAAUGCAGUUUACGAAAAACCCGGAAAAGUAUAUAAAAUACAAGCCGGAUGAAGUGGUGACACUAAUCGACAGGUUCUUCGACGUUGCCGCUUAGAGAGAUCAAUACCGUACAUGAUUUCAUAGGAUAUAUUUAUAUUGAGCAUUAAUUGCAAUUGUGGUGAACGCAAUAUAACUAGUAACACAGA